AUGCAUUCCUCGAGGCUUUCCAACGACAUCACCCGCAAGUCCUUCUGGGCACAACGGCUCCAAACUGUCGAGGCUGCUCCCGAUGCCCCUCUGUUCUUCGACAAACUCGAUGGGACUCCUUCAACCAUCAAACCAAGCACCGUCGGUCUGGACGGGUAUGCCCGCACCAAGGCCGUCAUGGCCGUCGAUGCGAGCAACCUCCAGGAAGCCGCCUCGAUGCACAGCCUCUCCGAGGACACACUUGUGCUCACCGCGUGGGCCAUCCUCCUCCGGGCCUAUGCUGGCGAGGACGGGCCCGUGAGCUUCGGCGUCUGUCUCGACCGCGAGCAGGCCGCCUGGCUCUCGACCAUGGCCAUGACCGGCGACGACGGCCUCCUCAGCGUGAUGCGCGCCGCCGAGCAGGACAUGAAGCUGACCAUGAGCCAUACCUUGCCUUUCCACUCCCUGGGGGCGUUUGCGGAAACGACAGGGUUUGGCACCAUUGUGUCUGCUGUCUACGUCCACUCGUGGAAAUCUAGGUUCCCCGAGAUGCACCUGCCUCCCGGCAUCAGCACUAACGUAAUUUUUUUCCCCUACUCACAGUCGAUGGCGACCGCGUUCGUAAACAUCGCACAUGGCACCAUGGUGCAUCUGUACCUGAGCUUUCGCAAGGAUGCUAUGUCUCCCGAGCGAGCCCAGAGCCUCAUCGAUAACUAUGCCCACGUUAUCAACGUCCUGACGCUCAAGCUGCGCAGCGUUGGCCGUUUCGACGCUGACGACUUGUUCGUCAAGACGAUCGACACGGUCAGCCGAAACGACUACAACCGCAUCGUCGAGUUCAGCGCCCCGCUGCCCCUUAGGCUCGACGACUGCGUCCACGAUCUCAUCCUGGCCAAGUGCGCCAAGCCGGAGAACGCGAACAGGGUCGCCGUCGCCGCCUGGGACGGUAGCUUCACCUACGCAGAACUGGCCCGGCAGGCCUUCCGCCUCGCCGGCGUCAUUGCCAGCAAGGCGCACCAGCUCAAUGCGCGCGCCGACGGGAGGCAGCUCUUUGUGCCCUUCUUCCUCUCCAAGUCGAAGUGGACGCCGGUUGCCAUCCUGGCGACGCUCGCUGCUGGCGGUGCCUGCGUGCCGCUGGAGCCCAGCCAUCCUGCCGCCCGCCGCAACGACAUCCUGGGUCAGCUGCAAGCCCCCAUUGUGCUGACCAACAAGUCACUCCACCAGACCCUCGCCAAGAGCCUCGAUCAGCAAACCCCCGUUCGGCACCUCAUCUGCGUCGACGGCGACGAGAAGCCGUCGGCCAGUGUUCCCCUCCCUUACGUCCAACCCGACCACCUGUGCUACGUGAUCUUCACCAGCGGCAGCACUGGCUCUCCCAAGGGCGUCGAGUGGCAGCACAGCACCCUCGCCACGAGUGUCUGGGAGCACGGCCGCGAGUUCUACAUGAACGAGAGUACCCGGGUCCUCCAGUACGCGUCCCACGUCUUUGACGUCUCCGUCGUCGAGCUGGUCACGCCCCUUGUGCACGGUGGCUGCAUCGUCAUCCCCUCGGAUGAUCACCGCCUCGAGCCCAAGAAGCUGGCCAAGUUCAUGGAGAGCAUGAAGGUCAACACCGCCUUGUUCGCCGCUUCUUUUGCCCGCAUCCUCGACCCCGCCCUGGUCCCGAGUCUCCGGACGCUCAUCCUCGGCGGCGAGGCCAUCGGCCAGGACAACAUCGAGAAGUGGACCCCGGUCCUGGAUCGCUUCAUCAUCGGGUACGGCUCCGCCGAGACCUGCAUCAACUGUGCCAAGAACGAGUUCUCGGUCCAGACCAAGGCGAAGAAGCCCUGGAAGGAAUCCCUCGGGCAUGCCAUCGGUGGGCGGAUGCUGAUCGCCGACCGCUUCGACAGCGACAGGCUCGCCCCUAUCGGCGCCGUCGGCGAGAUCAUCGUCGAGGGUCCGAUCCUGGCCCACGGCUACCUCAACGACGAGGCAAAGACGGCCAAGUCCUUCAUCCAGAACCCUGCCUGGGUGCGCAAGACGCACUUCUACCCGGCUACCCCCAACCGCCGGUUCUACCGGACCGGCGACCUGGGCCGGCAGGCCAUGGAUGGGUCCAUCUCGUUUGCCGGCCGCGCAGACUUCCAGGUCAAGAUCCGCGGCCAGCGGAUGGAGCUCGACGAGGUCCGCUUCCACGUCGUCAAGGCGUUCCCCCAGGCCGUCGACGUCCACGUCGAUGUCAUCUGCCCCGCGAACGAGAAGGUCCUCGCCGCGUUCAUCUCCUUUGGGGCCGGCAGCGGUAUCGAGGACGGCAUCCAGAUCUACCCCGUCGACCAGGACCUUGCGGACGCGAUCCGCAAGGCGAAGGAGACGCUCCGUGCCAGCCUCCCCGUCGCCGCGGUCCCGGCCUUCUUCAUCCCGGUCGUCAGCUUCCCUUACCUGGUCUCGGGCAAGGUGAACCGGAGGCAGCUGCUCGAAUUCGCAAACCAGUCGUCCAUCAAGCAGCUAUCCUCGUACUCCCGUCCCAACAACCCACAGGCGGCGGCUUCUUCUACUCCUGCACGGCCGACACCCUCUGCGCCACAACCCAUUCCCUCACCCGAGCCGACCCCUUCGAUUUCCGCUACCGAUGUCGAGAAAAUCCUCGUCUCCUGCUGCAGGGACGCGCUCAAGUCCCAAUCCUUUGGGCCCGACAGCAACUUCCUGACAUCGGGCGGUGAUUCCGUCGCCGCCAUCAGGGUUGCUUCGGCUGCCCGCGACCACGGCGUCAGCGUCACCGUCGCGGACCUCUUCAACGCGCCGAACAUGCGCGCCUUGGCUCGAACUGUAUCCGGGGGCGAAGCCUCGGCGGAGAACGGAGAGCUCGACAUCCCCGUUGCCCUGAGCUUGCUCCCGAGCGAUCUCGUCGACGAGAUUGUCGGCGACGUCAAGUCCCGGAGCCCGGCGUCGCACAACGUUCUCGACGUGUACCCCUGCACCCCUCUCCAAGAGGCUCUCCUUACCGCCUCGAGCAUGCGCAUCGACGCCUACAUUGCACGCUUGAAGCUGGAGCUCCCUCCUCCGGUGGACAUCAACCGAUUCAAAGCAGCCUGGGCCGCAGUCGCCCAACGCCACGACAUCCUCAGGACUCGCAUCUUCGAGGGCCCGCACGGCGCCGUGCAGGUGGUCUACGACUCGCAGCUCACCUGGCACAUCGGAUCUGAUCUCGAGGCAUAUUGCGAGCAUGACAGAUCCCUGCCCAUGAGCUUCGGCGAUAACCUCGUGAGGCUCGGGCUCGUGGGCCGGACUUUCAUCCUGACGAUCCAUCACUCCCUCUUCGAUGGAUGGUCAAUCACCCGCCUCUUCGAGGACGUCGAGAGGGAGUAUGCGGGCCUCGAGGCGCUCGAGACCCUGCCACACAAGCUGUACAUCCAGCACCUCUCUCAGCUCGACGCCGAGGCGCCCAGGGUGUUCUGGAUCAACAAGCUAGCGUCCGACACGGGUCUGGCUGCGAGCCACUUCCCCCAGACCAUCGGGUCCAACUACACCCCCGUUCCCGACUCCGUGGUAAAGAUGAAGCUGGCGAUGACGGAGGACGCCAAGUCCGAGUUCACCAUGCCCACCCGCAUCCGCGCCGCAUGGGCGCUCCUUGUCGGCCGCUACCUGGAUUCGCAGGACGUCGUGUUUGGCGAGACCUUCUCCGGCCGCUCGUCGAGCAUAAGGCGUGUCGAGGCGAUUUCGGGUCCCACCAUCUCGACUGCGCCGGUCCGCGUCACCUGGGACAACGACGACACCGUCGAGUCUCUCCUACGACGCAUCCAGAAGGACGUCCUCCAGAUCGAUGCCAACGGCCAUAUUGGCAUCCAAGCCAUCUCGCGGCUCAGCCCGAGCGCCGCCGAGGCUUGCCAGUUCCAGCACAUCAUCGUCAUCCAGCCAAAGAUGUCGUCCAUGAUGUCGGAUGGCGGCGGUGACAAGCUGCAGCCGCGGAUCGGGCUGGCAACCGCCUCCCUCGACUUGAGGGGUUAUCACAGUUAUGCCCUCAACAUGGACUUCACUCUGGAGGACGACGGCAUUACCGUUACGACCACGUUCGACUCCUCAGUCUUCAGCAAGCAGCAGAUCCAGCACUUGCAGGCGCAGUUUGGCCACGUCCUGAACCAGCUGUGCCGCGCCCGGGAUCUUGCUAGGGAGACCAUCGGCAGUAUCGACUACGCGUCAAGAAAGGACAGGGAGCUGCAGAUCCGCAACAACCGCCAAAAGCUUCAGUACGAGCGCACUACCCUCCUCCAGCUCUUGGAACAACACGUGGCCGCCCAACCAACCUCCCCUGCCGUGUACGCUUGGGACGGCUCUCUGAACUAUCGCGAGCUGGACCGCGGCUCGUCUGCGCUCGCAAACCAUCUCAGCGCGCUCGGCGUCCAGAAGGGAGAUUAUGUCCCAUACUGCUUCCCUAAGUCGGUAUGGACGACUCUCUCCAUCCUGGGCGCCCUCAAGAUCGGCGCUGUGGCUGUUGCUGUCGAGCCCUCACACCCCGACUCCAGCAUUCUCAAGGUCCUGUCCCAGGUGAAGCCCAAGGUGGUGCUCUGCGCCCGUACCUUCUUCUCCAGGAUCAAGGCCAUGGGGUUCAGGCCAUUCUCUGUCGAGGAGAACUCGAUCCGCAGCAUCUCCCAGCGGACGACCAAGAGGCGGUACUCGGUCCACCCCUCCGACACCGCCUUUGUCGUGUUCACGUCCGGGUCCACGGGUGAGCCCAAGGGCAUCCCGCUGGAUCACGGUGCCGUCUGCAUCAUGGCCAAGCAGCACGGCGAGGUGAUGAACAUCGACAAGAACUCCCGGAUCCUCCAGUUCGCCGCGCACGUCUUCGACGUCAGCAUCGGCGAUCUCGCCAUCUCCAUCUACCACGGCGCCUGCCUCUGCGUGCCGUCCGACCACGACCGGAUGAACAACCUCGCGGCCGCCAUCAACAAGCUCCGGGCGAACCGCGCCUGGCUGACUCCCACGGUCGCCUCCCUCAUCUCGCCGGCCGAGUGCCCGACCAUCGAGUGGCUCUCGGUUGGCGGCGAGCAGCUGACCCAGGCGUGCAAGGACAUUUGGGACGGCAUCCCGCUCGUCAACGUCUACGGUCCUGCCGAGGUGACCAACCUGGGGACCGCAGUCAAGGUGUCGCGCGACCUGCCCAUCACCAACAUUGGCUACGCCAACGGCACUCGUCUCUGGGUGUGCGAACCGGGCAACCCCAGGAAGCUCGCCCCCGUCGGGUGCAUCGGAGAGAUCGUCUUCGAGGGCCCCAACGUCACGCAGGGCUACCUGAACAACGCCAAGCUGACCGAAUCCGCCUUCCCGGACGUUCUCUCCUGGACGCUCAGCGACGGCCUGAAGAAGCCGGUGCGCAUGUACCGGACCGGUGACCUCGCCCGGUUGAACGUCGACGGCUCCCUCGACUUCCAGGGCCGCAGGGACACCCAGGUCAAGCUGAGAGGCCAGCGCCUCGAGAUCACGGCCAUCGAGACGGCGCUCCGGUCGGCGAUCGAGGAACCGGUCGAGCUGGCGAUCGACGUCCUCGACCGCACCAGCGUCGGCCGCGACGCCUUCCUCGUCGCCUUCCUCCACCUCCCCGACAGAAUGAUGACGAUGAUGAUGACGGAACAGGCUGACGCUUCUGCCACAGGUCUCUUCUCCACGGCUGAUAUUAAGGAGCUGGUUGCCGACAUCCGGUCCAAGCUGUCGCGCUCUCUCCCACCGCACAUGAUCCCCACCCUGUUUAUCCCGCUGAACAGGCUCCCAAAGCUGGUCUCGGGCAAGAUCGACAGGAAGUCGCUUCGUCUGGCCGCUGCCAAACUGACAGACGACGAGAUCACCUCGUACAAGGUGGAUCAGAGUGUCGAGAAGCGACAGCCGUCGACCCAGGAAGAGGCUGCCAUGCAGCGGCUGUGGGCGAACGUGCUCCGCCUUCCCGAGUCCCAGAUCGGCAUGGAUGACCACUUUGUCACCGUGGGAGGCGACUCGAUCACUGCCAUCAGGCUCGUCGCCCAAGCCCGAGCGCAGGGAAUUACCAUCUCCGUUGCCUCGCUCUUCCAGCACGGCACUAUUGCCAACCUCUGCGGGUCUACGUCGCCGUCGACCGGUACGGCCCAGGCGGCUGCUGCUGCUCCUUCUGGUUCUGGCUCCGUUCGGAAGUUCCAGCAUCCGCAGCUCGCGGAUGUCGCCCUCCAGUGUGGCGUCUCCGAAGACGACAUCGAGGACAUCUUCCCCACCACUGCCCUCCAGGACGGCAUGAUGAUGCUCACGGAAAAGAAGCCUACCGCAUACGUGGCAUACCACGUCAUGCCGCUGCCCAGCUGGGUCGACGUCUCGAUCUUCCGUCGCGCCUGGCAGGCGGUGACCGACGAGAACCCCAUCCUGAGGACGAGGAUCGUGCCCGCCGGCCUGCAGGCCGUUCUCUGCCCGGCUCCGAUCGAGUGGAAGACGCCUCGCUCCAGCGAUCUGAGCGCCUACAUCAGCGAGCUCCGCCAGAUCAAGGUGGGAUUCGGCACGGCCCUGACGCACCACGCCAUCCUCCCGAACCCUCCCCGCUUCGUCUUCGCCGCUCACCACUCCGUCUACGACGGCUGGACCAUGGCCCUGCUCUCCGACGCCGUCACUCGCGAGUACAAGAAGCUCGCGGGCAUCAACACAACCCCGCAAAAGGAUCUGGGCCCCAAGAUCAACUUCCACACGUUCGUCGACUACAUCGGGACCAUCGACAAGGCCCAGGCCAGCGAGUUCUGGCGCCAGCAACUCGACGGUUGCGACCCGGCCCCGUUCCCGCCUUCGCUUCCGUCCUCCUACGAGCCACUCGCCAACGCCAUCUUCCAGCGGACGAUUCCUUUCCAGAGGGCUCAGGGGUCCACCUUCACCCCGCCGACGCUCAUCCGGGCCUCCUGGGCCGUUCUCAUCUCGGCCUACUCGGGCUCGCACCCCGACGUCGUGUUCGGCGAGUCCGUCACGGGCCGCAGCGCCCCUGUCGACGGCGUGCUGGGCCUUAUCGGCCCCACGCUUGCCACCGUUCCGUUUAGGAUCAGCGUGGACUGGGCCGAGUCGGUCAACGCCCUCCUGAACCGGGUCCAGAUGCAGUCCUUUGCCAUGCUCGAGUAUGAGCAGUACGGGCUGCCGAACAUCAAGAAGUCGGCGCCCGCAGCCGCCGCCGCCUGCGACUUCCAGACCCUCUUGGUGGUCCAUUCCGAGGUCCAUGGCAGCAACCCCCAGGACCAGCUGGUCUGGAGCACGGAGCGUCCGGCGGCCGACUUCCUGACCAACGCCCUGACCCUCGAGUGCCAGCCCAUGGGCUCGCAGCUUGUCCUGACUGCUUCCUAUGACUCCUCGGUCAUCGACGAGAGGCAGAUGGAGCGCAUGCUCUCAACGUUCCAUCACAUUCUCCGCCAGCUGUGCCAGGGCGAGUUCAACAAGACCCUUCGCCUCCAGGACAUCGACACCCUCAGCCCGAGCGACCGGGCGGACAUUGCAGCCAUCACCAAGACGCUCCCGCCCCUGAUCAACGACCGCGUCCACGACAUGUUCGCCCGCCAGGCCGCCGCCACUCCCAACGCAAUCGCGGUAUCGGCCUGGGACGGUGACUUCACUUAUGGCCAGCUCGAUGACCUGUCAAGCAGGCUCGCCCGCCACCUGCGGUCCCUCGGGGUUGGCCCUGAGUGCUUCACGCCCUUCGCCUUUGAGAAGUCCAAGUGGGUUCCCGUAACCCAGCUGGCCAUCCUCAAGGCGGGCGGCGCGUGCGUUCCCCUGGACCCUUCUCAACCGCCGGAUCGCCUGACCAGCAUCGUCGGCACCCUCGACGCCAAGGUCGUCGUGACCUCGGCCACGCACGCCAAUCUCCUCCAGGCGUCUUGCCCGCAGGUCCGGCAUUUCGUCGCCGUCUCGCAGGCCAUGAUGGAUCGCCUCCCAAGGCACGGCCCUCCGGCAAUCCACCCGCUGACGACGCCCGGCUCCGCUUGCUACGCCAUCUUCACCAGCGGCAGCACCGGCACGCCCAAGGGCGUCGUCUGGGAGCACGCCACCCUGUGCAGCAGCAUGACGGAGCACGGCGCCGCUUUCAACUACUCGACCAGCACCCGCGUCCUGCAGUUCUCCUCCCACACCUUCGACGUCAGCGUCUCGGAGCUGCUGACCACCCUCAUAUUUGGCGGCUGCGUCUGCAUCCCCGACGACUUCACGCGCCUCAACGGCAUCGCCAACUUUAUGAACGAGAAGCACGUCAACUGGGCCUUCUUCGCCCCCUCGUUCGCCCGCCUCAUGGACCCGGCGGCCGUCCCCGGCCUCAAGACCAUCAUCCUCGGCGGCGAGGCCCCCGGCAAGGACAACAUCGAGCGCUGGUCGGGCCGCCCCGGUCUCGAGCUCAUCGUCACGUACGGUCCGGCCGAGAGCUGCAUCUACUGUGCCAAGAACUCCGUCCGCGGCCCGCAGAUCCCCGGCAGCAUCGGCCACUCCAUCGGCGGCACGAUGUGGGUUGCCGACCUCGGCCGCCCGAGCGAGCUCUCCCCCAUCGGGGCGGUGGGCGAGAUCGUGGUCGAAGGCAGCAUUCUCGCCCGCGGUUACCUCAAGGACCCGGCCAAGACGGCCGCGUCGUUCCGCCCCAUGCCCGUCAAGUGGGCCAACGGCCGCAGCUCCCGCGUGUACUACACCGGCGAUCUCGGCCGCGUCAACUCCGACGGCACCAUCAGCUGCCUCGGCCGGAGGGACGACCAGGUCAAGAUCCGGGGUCAGCGCGUCGAGCUGGCCGACAUCGAGUACCAUCUCCGCAAGGACGAGCGCGUCCGGCAGGCUCUCGUCCUCUACCCGCGCUCCGGCGUUUGCGCCGACCACCUGGUCGGCAUCCUGUCCAUGGUCCGGGACAAGCCGACCGCCGUCCCCGCAUCCUCGACCGGCAUCACUCUCGCCGACCCCGAAGACUGGGUGCGCAUUCCGGAGGUCCAGGAUCGCCUGUCACAGAAGGUGCCCGUCUACAUGAUCCCCACCAUCUGGGUCGUCCUCAACUCCAUCCCGCUCAUGCCCGCCUCUCAGAAGGUCAACAAGAAGAUGGUGAGCGAGUGGGCCAAGGCGAUGGACCAGGCGACCUACGAGCAGAUCGCCGGCCUGUCCGCGGGCAACAACGACUCGGAUGAGCUUUCCGCCAUGAACAACCCGCUCGAGGAGCAGGUCCGCACCAUCUGGAGCGACAUCCUCAACGUCGGGCCCCAGGCCAUCGGGCCCAACACCUCGUUCCUGAGACUGGGCGGCGACUCCAUCUCCGCCAUGCAGGUCGUCACGCGGUGCAGGAACGCGGGCAUCGAGGUUACGGUCCAGGAUCUCCUCAAGUCGAAGACAAUCGCCGAGUUCUGCCAGCGCGCCGCGCUGUCGAUGAGCCAGAAGACGACCAGCGUCAUUGUGGUGGUGGAGGAGGAGGAGAAGGAGGAGAAGCCCGAGUUCGAGACUCCUUUUGCUCUGUCCCCCAUCCAGAAGUGGUUCAUGCAGCUGGCUGCUCCCCACGCGCCGAACCACUUCAACCAGAGCCAUCUCCUGCGCUUCACCGAGGGAGUCGACUUCCACAAGCUGCAGGACGCCCUGGCGGCCAUCGUACAGCGCCACCCCAUGCUCCGCGCACGGUUCCAGCAGGUGAGCGCCCGGAGGAACUGGCAGCAGUACAUCUCCCCCGACGCCAGCGGCUCGCUGCGCUGCCGCCACUUCCGCUCCGUCCGGACCAUGCAGAAGGUGAUCGAGUACGCGUCCGACUCCCAGGCUUGCCUCGACAUCGCCAACGGCCCACUCGUGGCCGCGGACCUGUGCGAGAUGACCGACGGGACGACCGUUCUCUUCAUCACCUGCCACCACCUGGUGAUCGACCUCGUCUCCUGGAGGAUCAUCUUCCAGGAGCUCGAGGAGAUUCUCCGGACGGGAAGGCUGGCCGCCACUCAGAAGCCUCUCGGUUUCCGCACCUGGUGCAGGCUUCUGGAGGAGCACGCCAAGUCGGUGGUAAUCGGUACGGUGGAGGAGGUCUUCCCGGCUCAGGACUUCGGCUUCUGGGGUAUCAGCAGCGCCGACAACACCGCUGCCCAUGUCGUCGAGCAGACUUUCUCCCUGGACGACCAGGCCACCGAGCUCCUCAUGGGCCGCUGCAACGAGGCCUUCAACACCGAGCCCCUGGAUCUUCUUCUGGCAGCUGUUGCCCACUCCUUCAACCAGGUCUUCCGCUCCGUCCGCGACUCAGUGGCCAUCUUCAACGAGGGCCACGGACGCGAGCCGUGGAGGGCCGACGUCGAUCUUUCCUCGACCGUCGGCUGGUUCACCUCGAUGUGCCCCAUCGUCCUGUCCGACCACACCGGCGAUGCCCUCCGCUCGCUCCGGGAGGUCAAGGACGCCCGCCGCCGGGUUCCCGAGAAGGGCUUGCCCUUCUUCACCUCCUUUGCCCAGAACGCCACUACCGGAGUCGAGAUCACCUUCAACUACUUCGGCCUCUUCCAGAAUCUCGAGCGUGACCGCGCCCUGCUCAACCGGAUGAGCUGGGCUCCGUUCCGCGCUCCUGCGGAUUCCGCCCCGGACGUCCCGCGCUUCUCCAUCUUCGACGUGUCCGCCGGCGUCGAGAACGGUGUCCUGACGAUGAAUUUCACCUUCAACAACCGGAUCAGACACCGCCACCUCGUGCAGCAGUGGAUCGAGGCCUGCUCCGACACCCUGCACGGCUUGGUGCAGGCUACCAGCCAGCGGACCGAGACCUCGCUGACCCUCUCGGACUUCUCGCAUCUCCGGACGACUUAUGACGAGCUUUCGACCCUCCUCAACACCACCCUCCCGGCUGCAGGCAUCAGCGUGGCCAACGUCCAGGACAUCUACGCGUGCUCACCAAUGCAGACGGCCCUCCUCGUCAGCCAAUCCAUGAACCCAACGCUCUAUGCAGUCCGAUACGUCUGGGAGGUCGUUCCGAGAUCGUCACAGAUGGUCUCGAUCGACAAGCUCGUCGCGGCCUGGAAGCUGGUGGUCAAGCAGCACCCGAUGCUGCGGACCGUCUUCGUCCAGGCCUCAUCCUCCAUCGAUGGCAAGAGCACUUCGGCUUACACCCAAGUCGUCCUCAAGGAGCUUGAGCCGAAGGUUCUGGUCUGCAAGGAUGCGACCGCCUUCCCAGUCGGUCGUCCCGAGCAUCACAUCGCCAGUGGGCCGCCGCACCAGGUUUUUCUCACCCAGCAGACGUCCGGGAAGGUGCUGGUCCAGCUCGACAUCAGCCAUACCCUCAUCGACGGCACGUCGGUCAACAUCCUCCUGGAUACCUUCGUCAAGGCCUACGACGGGGCCCCCAUCGGCGUCACUUCGCACGACGCCUACGGCAGCUACAUCAGCUUCCUCGGCAAGCAGGACACGGACUCGUCUCGCCAGUUCUGGAACACUUACCUGAGCGGCGCGGAGCCCUGCCACUUCCCUCCUCUGCGGUCGGGCUCUCCGUCUCCUACUCGACAACUGGAGUACCUCGACUUCUCCUAUCCCGACCCAGCCAAGCUCCACUCCCUCUGCGCAGAGUCCGAGACGACGGCGGCAAGCGUCUACAAACUUGCCUGGGCGUUGCUCCUCCGCGCCUACACCGGAAACAACUCCCCUUGCUUCGGUUACCUGGCCUCCGGCCGGGAUCUUCCGAUCGAGGGCAUCGCGGAGGCUGUUGGCCCCUUCAUCAACAUGCUCGUCUGCGUGAUCCCGCUGGAGGACGACGACAAGCAGGUGGAAGCCGUCCUAAAGGCGGCACAUGCGGACUAUGCCAACUGCCUGUCUCACCAGCUCUGCUCGCUGGCCGAGAUCCAGCGGGGGCUCGGUCUGGGCGGCGACGACCGCUUGUUCAACACGGCGAUGUCGGUGCAGAGACUGUCUCCUCCGGGCACGAGCGCCUCGACGGUCGAGUUCCGGCCGGUGCAUGUGGAAGAUCCGAGCGAGUUUGACAUUGCCCUCAAUAUCGGAGACGCGCCGGACUAUGUCGACGUCAGCCUGACCUACAACACUGACGUGCUCUCUGCGCACCAAGCCAAGAGCCUCGCCGCGACUUUCAACCGGGCCAUUGACAGCAUCCUGGACUCGAUGGCCAAGCCCGUUCGAGAGGUCAGCCUCCUCACCGCCGAGGACCACCAGCAGAUCAUGGGCUGGAAUAGCAUUGCUUCCACCUCCACCGUCUCGGCGCAGUGCGACCAGCUCAUUGGCCUCCACCUCGCCACCAAGGCCAACAAGCCUGCCGUUUCUGGCUGGGACCUCUCCCUCACCUACUCCGAGCUGGAUGCCCUUGCCACCACCGUGGCUCGGCACCUCGUCUCGCAGUACUCGGUCACCCCCAACACCCUGGUCCCGUUCUGCUUCGAGAAGAGCGCGUGGACGAUCGUGGCCAUGCUGGGCAUCAUGAAGGCCGGCGCCGCGUUCGUUCCCCUGGAUCCCAAGCACCCGAUCGAGCGGAUGGUAAGCAUUUCCAGGCGGGUCCAUGCGCCGCUCGUUGUUUGCUCUGAGCAGAACGAGCACAUCGCUCUCGACAUUGGCGGCCACCUGAGCAUUCCCUACCUUCUCGUCGGGCCGCGCAGCAUCGAGAGCUUGAAGAAGGCGUCCGCAACACACCGGGCCGGAUUCUCCCCGCUUCUGAACCAGUUCCGGAAGCCCUCGGAUCUGGCGUACUGCCUGUUCACCAGCGGCAGCACGGGAAUGCCAAAGGGCGUGCUCAUCCAGCACGAGGCCUUGUGCAGCGGAGCUACCAUGCACGGCAGAGCCUUCAACUACACUGCCCAGGCCCGCGUCCUGCAGUUUGCCUCGUACGUCUUCGACGCCUGCAUCACCGAGAUCUUCACCACCCUCGUCAUGGGCGGUUGCGUCUGCGUCCCCUCCGAGGAGCAGCGUAUGGACAAGGACAAGCUCAUGGGCUUCGUCAACGAGCAGCGGGUCAACCACGCCCUCCUCACCCCGUCCAUUUUGGCCCUCAUGGAUCCCCUCAGGGUGCCGUCCAUCACCACGCUCCUCCUCGGCGGCGAGGCCGCCAGCUCUCAGCUCAUCGACAAGUGGCGGGCCCCCACGCGCCGCGUCAUGAUCGCCUACGGCCCGACCGAGUGCACCGUCAUCUGCGCUGGCCACGACGUUACCGACCCCUCCAGCCUCCGCCCCGGCAAGAGCUCCAUCGGCAACAGCGUCGGCAGCAUUGCCUGGGUCGGAGAUGCACGGGACCACAACAAGCUCGUGCCCGUCGGCGCCAUCGGCGAGCUGCUUGUCGAAGGCCCCAUCCUGGGCCGCGGCUACCUCGACGACGAGGCCAAGACCAACGCCGCCUUCGUCCACCCUGCCUGGGCCGGCGGACGCCGCCGCAUGUACCGGACCGGCGAUCUCGUCCGCUACCAGGAGGAUGGCACGAUGGAGUACCUCGGUCGUCGAGACAACCAGGUCAAGCUCCGUGGCCAGCGGUUGGAGCUGGGCGAGAUCGAGGAGCAGCUGAUCAAGCGCUCCGAGGUCCAGCAGUGCGCGGUCCUGCUGAUCAAGGAGGGCGUGUGCGCGAACAAGCUCGUCGCUGUCCUCACGCUCAAGGCCGCUCCCAACCCCAACCCCAACGUGGCUGGUCGGCUGGCACCCGCGGCGUCGGAUCCCGCCCAGGGCGUCAACGUCUUGACAGGGGACUACGUCUCCUCCACGACUGCUAUCCUUGGCCAGGCUCUCUCCGAGGUCCUCCCGUCCUUCAUGGUUCCCUCGUGCUGGAUCGUCGCCAGCCAGCUCCCACUGAUGGCUUCCGGCAAGACGGAUCGCCGGUACCUCACCAGCUGCGUCAACAACAUGAGUCAGGAGAUGUACCAUCUCUGCACCGGGGAGGGCUCACAGUCUUCUUCUUCUUCUUCUUCUGCGGCCCAACAAGAAGACCUGACGCCCGUGGAGAGAGCCAUUCUCCAGGUGUGGAGCGCCGUCCUCAACAUCCCCGAGCAAUCCAUCAACCCCUCGGCCGACUCUUUUGUCAAGAUGGGCGGCGACUCCAUUUCGGCCAUGGAGGUUGUGGCCCAGUGUCGCGCAAAGGGCAUCCCGCUCCGCAUCGAGCAGCUCCUCAAGGCCAAAUCGGUCAAGCAGCUGGCGGUUCACUUCGAGAACCUCGACAUUGCUCCAGCUCCGACUCCGUCGGCCACCGCUGAGAGCUCUGCCAUGACAGCUGCCGGUGCUCCACAGCAGGUGCAGCAGCAACAGCAGCAGCAGCAGAAGCAGCAGCAGCAGGAGGAGGAGGAGGAAUACGACAGCAUCACAAUGUUCGGCCUGUCACCGAUCCAACGCAUGUUCAUGCGCCUCUCUCCCGGCGAGAACCACUUCAACCAGAGCUUCCUGCUCAAGGUCUCAACCGACAAGGCUCGCGUCUCCGAGGACGCCAUGAGACGAGCCCUGAACGUUGUCGUCAAGCGCCACGCCAUGCUCAGGGCACGCUUCCAGAAACUCGGACGCACCUUCAGGCAGUGGAUCGAGCCGGUGGUGGAGGAUUCCUACCUCUUCCGGGCUUGGGAUCUGCCCGCUUCCGUCGAGUUCUCCCCCGAAGCCGUGGAGCAGAUCCGUGACACUCAGCAGUCCCUCCACCUGGAGAACGGACCGGUCUUUGCCGGCGACCUGUUCAACAUCGGGGCUGAGCAGUACGUCUUCCUGACCGCUCACCACCUCGUCAUCGACCUGGUCUCCUGGCGCAUCGUUCUCAAGGAUCUCGAGGACUACCUCGUCCGCGGUGCCAUCUCGACCUACCGCAGCAUGUCCUUUGAGAAGUGGUGCGGGCUUCUCGGCAACCACCGCAAGUCUCUGACGGGCACCGCCACGAUCCCCUUCGAGGUGGCCAGCCCCGACUACAAAUACUGGGGCAUGGCCGGCAAGCCCAAUCACGCCAGCGACUUUGAGCACCGCCAGUUCGUCCUGUCCGCCGGCACGUCGGAUCUGCUCAUGGGCCCGUGCAACGACGCCUAUGCCACCGAGUCUCUCGACCUGUUCUUCGCCGCCGUCAUGCACUCCUUUGCCGCCACCUUCCUGGACCGGGACGUUCCGCCCAUCUACAACGAGGGCCACGGCCGCGAGCCUUGGGAUCCCUCGAUCGACCUCUCCAGGACCGUCGGCUGGUUCACCACCAUCGCCCCCGUCUGGGUGGACAGCCGCCGCUGCAACAAGGACAUUCUCGAAUAUGUCAAGCAGGUCAAGGACGUCCGCCGCAACACUCCUCACAAGGGCUUCUCCUACUUCAGCUCUCUGGAUCUCGAGAGCAAGCCGUUCAGCAUCGAGGUGUCCUUCAACUACUUCGGCUCGUUCCAGCAGCUCGAGCGCGACGAUGCCCUGCUCAAGCAGGUCCACUUCCGCAACAUCGGCGUCGACCCCUGCGAGGUCGGCGACAAGCACAAGAAGUUCUCGCUGAUCGACAUCAGCGCCGAGUUGGAGAACAACCAGCUCGUCUUCACCUUCAGCUUCAACAGCAAGAUCAGCCGCCGCGACGGCAUCGAGCGCUGGAUCGGCAACUACCAGAAGAGCCUGGAGCACAUGGCUCGCGUCCUCGGACCCCGUGAUGCCGACUCCCUGAGCAUCAACGAGGCCGACGUGCCCCCCGCGCCGCUGAGCACGCAGCUCUCGCAAGACCCGGCCCUCAAGGCGCUCGGCAUCUCGGCCAGCAACAUCGAGGAUGUCUACCCCUGCACUCCGUCCCAGCAGGGCAUGCUGCUGAGCCAGAGCAAGGAUCCCGAGAUGUACUGGUUCCGCUCCGUGUAUGAGCUGCAGUUCAACUCCCGGAUGCCCGUCACGUUCGACAAGCUGCGGCAGGCCUGGAAGGCUGUCGUUCGUCGCCACCCGGUCUUGCGCACCAUCUUCGUCGAGCAGAACUCCACCGACGGCCUCUACGACCAGCUGGUGCUCAGGACCUACGAGCCGGAUAUUAUUAUCGAGGACGAAGUGCCCGCCUCGAUGAGCGAGGCCGAUCUCUCCGAGUUCCUCAAGAUCCGGAUCGUCCCCUCCGAGAUGCUCAGCCGGCGCGCACCCCAGCAUCAGCUCCGGCUUGCGCGCCAGGCCUCGACCGGCAGAGUCUUCUGCAGCUUCCUCCUGAGCCACGCGAUCGCGGAUGGCGGUUCCAUGGCCGUCAUGCUCCGGGAUUUCAACAACGCUUGCGAGGCCCGGCCCCUGGACGCGGCGAAGCCCCUGCUCAGGAACUACAUCGACUACGUCCGGUCUCGCGACGCUGCCGAGGACAUCGGCUUCUGGAAGAAGUCGCUCCAGAACGUCGAGCCCUGCUUCCUCCCGACCGAAGAACAACAACAUCAACCGGUCGCCGGGAAAGUCCUUCACAAGACCGACGUACCCGUGAACAAGAUCAACUACGCCCGGAUGCAGGCUGCCGCGCGCGAGCUCGGAGUCUCCCUGUUCACCCUUCUCCAGGUGACCUGGGCCCUGACGCUUCGCGAGUACAUCAACGCCGACCGCGACCAGUGCUGCUUCGGCAUCGUCACCUCGGGCCGCGACCUCCCCGUCAAGGAAAUCGGCUCGAUCGUCGGUCCGCUCGUCAACAUCCUCAUCUCGAAGGUGGCUCUCCCGCACGACCAGACGAUCGCCCAGAUCGCUGAGGCCGUCCACGACAACUUCAUCGACAUGCUGGCGCACCAGACAUCCUCCCUCGCAGAGGUCACGCACGAGCUGGGCUCCGGAACGCUCUUCAAUACCGGAAUGACCCUGCAGAAGGAGGCUGCGCCCGGGGGAGAGGGUUUCUCGGCGGUGUCCUUCCGCCCCAUGGGUGGCCAGGACCCGACUGAGUUUGACAUGGUGGUCCAAGCCCUCGACAAUGGCCAAGCCCUAAAAGUUCACAUGAGCUACUGGUGCGACAGGAUCUCGGACGGUCGCGCCGAUAGCAUGGCCGCCACCUUUGCCUCGGUCCUCUCGCAAAUUGUCGAGAACCCUUCGAUCCGCCCCAUCGAUCUAGAGAUGGCCUCGGACAAGGACGUCCAGCAGCUGUGGGAGUGGAACGCCCACCUCCCGGCUGCUGUCGAUCUCCGCAUCGAGGAGAUGAUUGCCCAGCGCACUGCUGAGCACCCCGACCGGGAGGCCGUAUGGUCUACCGAGGACACCCUGACAUACGAACAGCUCGAUAUCCUGUCGGGCAGGAUCGCGCAGGGCUUCCUGGCAGACCUCGAGCGCGAAGAGGUCGUGCCGCUCUGCUUUGAGAAGUCCAUCUGGAUCGCGGUCGCCAUGCUCGCCGUCCUGAAGGCUGGGGGCACGAUCGUGCUGAUGGAUCCAUCGCAUCCCCUCGAGCGGCUCCGGUGCAUCACCAGCACCGUCAAGGCCAGGCGCAUCCUUGCUUCGCCGCUCCAGGCCGACCUCUGCCUCAACCGCCUCGGCCUGCAGACCGUCAUCAUCUCCAAGGACAUGUUCAAGCGCCGGUCCGGCGUCCCCGGCACGGCACCGAGAUCGUUCAUGACGCGCGGGACGGCCAAGUCGAGCGCCGACGCGGCAUACAUCGUCUUCACGAGCGGUUCCACCGGCACCCCGAAGGGCUCCGUCACGGAGCACCGGGCGUUCUGCACCGCGACCCAAGGAUACCACAAAGCCAUCGGCCAGCUCCCCGGCGAGCGAGUGCUGCACUUCGCUUCUUACAGCUUCGACGCCAGCUUGCUGGAGAUCCUGGGGUCGCUCAUGGUCGGUGCCACCGUAUGCGUCCCGACCGAGCACGAGAGGAUCAACCAGCUGGUCUCGUUCAUCAACCGGUCCGGCACCACCUUUGCCGUCAUCACGCCGACCGUCGCCUCGCUGAUGAGCCCCGAGAAGGUCCCGACGCUCAAGAGCCUGGCACUGUGCGGCGAGCCCAUGACCGCCUCCCACGUCGCCACCUGGGCCAGCAAGGUCCGCCUCGUCAACGCGUUCGGCCCCAGCGAGUGCUGCGUCGGGAGCGCCGCCAACUCCUUCGUCACCGAGCAGUCCAGCCCCAAGUGCAUCGGCAAGGCCGUCUCCUGCUGUUACUGGGUGGUGCACCCGCGCAACCACAACCGCCUGGCCCGCAUCGGCAGCAUCGGCGAGCUGCUGAUUGAGGGCCCCAUCCUCGCCCGGCACUACCUCAACGAGCCGGAAAAGACCGAGGCUGCCUUCAUCAGCAACCCGGACUGGGCCACCAAGCCGGGCCGCGCCACCAGGCUCUACAAGACCGGAGACCUGGUCGUCCAGAACCCCGACGGCACCUUCGAAUACGUAGGACGCAAAGACACCCAGGCCAAGAUCUUUGGCCAGAGGCUCGAGCUCGGCGACGUCGAGCAGGCCUUCAGGAACGUCGUCCCCGAGGCCGAGAACGUGGUCGCCGAGAUUGCCACGCCCGAGGGCAAGGCCCCGAGGCUUGUCCUCUUCUUCUCGGCCAAGAACAUGAGCGUCGACGACUUUGAUGUCUCGGCGGCCAAGGCGCAGAUGGCCAAGAAGGUCCCGGCAUACAUGGUGCCGUCCGUCGUUGUUCCCCUGGAUCAGAUGCCACUCAUGCCCUCUGGAAAGGCCGACCGGAAGAAGAUCAAGGCCCUCGGGGCGAGCUUGCUGAUGGAGCCCGAGGAGCGGUCCGGUCGGCUUCCCGAGACCGAGAUGGAGGUUACCAUGGCCAGUCUGUGGAAAGAGGUCAUCAGGUCGGCCCCGGCCAGGAUCUUGGCCGACGACAGCUUCUUCAACGUCGGCGGAGACUCGUACACCGCCAUGAAGCUGGCGACUGCCGCGAGGGCCCGCGCCAUCUCCCUCAACGUUGCCACCAUCAUGCAAACCCCGAUCCUCUCCGACAUGGCGAAGAAAGCGGAAGCGGCGGCGGCGGCGUCGUCGUCGUCGUCUACGGCGGGCGAGCAGCAGCCAUCCACCCUCGACGCCGAGGCCAUCGCGCCUUUUAGCAUGAUCGGCUGGAACUCGACCCUCGAGGCAGAGGUCUGCAGGCAGUGUGACGUUCCCGCCGACGCCAUCGAGGAUGUCUAUCCGUGCACCCCACUACAGGAGGGCCUCUUUGUGCUCUCCAUCCGACAACCAGGGGCGUAUGUGGCGCGGCACAGCUACCGACUCCCGCCCAGCCUCGACCUCGCCAAGUACAAGGCGGCUUGGGAGACAGUCUACCAGGCCACCGCGAUCCUGCGGACACACCUCGUGCAGCUCGAGAAGGUUCGCGGCGGCAACAAACGCGGCGGCGGCGGCCUCUACCAAGCAGUCAUCAACAAGUCCCUCGUCUGGCAGCGCGCCGCUUCCCUCGACGAGUUUGCGACGUCCCGCCCUGUUACCGUCGGCGGGCCCCUGGCCGAGUUCGCCAUCGUCGAGAAGGAGGAGGAGGAGGAGGAGAAGAAGAAGGCCAACUCGUCGCGCUACCUAGUCCUGACGAUGCACCACGCCGCCUAUGACGCCUCGUCCCUGGGGAUGCUCCUGCGGGACGUCGAGACCGUGUACGACGGCGGCGAGCUCCCGUCGAGGCGCCCGUACCGCGACUUCAUCAAGCAGCUUCAGGAUACCCCGGCCGAGCAAACGCGCGACUUCUGGGCCCGGUACCUCGACGGCGCCCAGCCCGCCGACUUCCCGAGCGUCCCCGGCGGGUACGUGCCCUCGGCCGACGCGAUUCUCGAGACGGACGUGACCAUGCCGCCGGCUCGGAGGCCCGGCUUCACCGCCUCGACCAUGAUCCGCGUCGCCUGGGCCAUGGUCCUCGGCCAGCACGCGGGCACCAGCGACGUCGUGUUUGGCGAGACGCUCAGCGGGCGCAACGGCGCCGAGGACGCCGAGACGCAGGGGCCCAUGAUCACGACGCUGCCCAUCCGCUGCUCCCUGGACGAGUACGCCGGCGUCGCCGACGUCCUCUCGACCAUGCAGUCCGCCCUGGUCGACAUGAUCCCCCACCAGCACGCCGGCGUGCAGAACAUCAAGCUCGCCGGCCCCGGCGCCGCCGCCGCGUGCAACUUUGGCUGCCUCGUCACCAUCGCGCCCGAGUCCUCCGUCCCGACCAACCUCGGGCUCGGCCUCGUCCCGGUCGACGUCGGCGCCCCGCCGGCCAUGAGCCACCCGCUCUCGGUCCAGUUCAUCCUCCGUGAGAAUGGCAAGGUGAAGGUGUCUGUGUACCACGACCACCGCCUGGUGGGUGCUGCGCAGGUGGAGAAGAUGGUGGCCCAGUUCGUCCACGUCCUGGGCCAGCUGUGCGGAGGAGAGAAGAACAUGGUGGCGGAUAUCGAGGUGGAAGCGGAAGUGGAAGCGGAGGCAACAACCUCCGGCUUCGCGCCGGCCGAUGGUGGUGGUGGUGGUGGUGGUGGUGGUGCCGGUGCUGACGCGAGCCUCGGGAGGGAUGUGUUGGGGACGCUCAACGGAGAGAUUGAGGAUCUGCUGGAGGAGAUCUCGUCGCAGGAACUGAGCAAGCCCGGCACGUCCAGCUCCGGGGUGACGACGGGAGCGACAGGUGGAGUAGACUUGGAACAGGUGAUCAAGGAGCUGUGGGCGGAUGUUUUGGGUAUGCAACCCGACGAGAUCUCCCGGGGCGACAACUUCUUCCAGCUGGGCGGCGACUCGAUGGCGUCGAUGCGGCUGGCCACCGCCGCCGAGCGCAAGGGGAUCAAGAUCAACGUCGCCGACAUCUUCCGGCACCCGACCCUCGAGGAGCUGUGCGAGUCCGCCGCCCAGGCCAACGUCACGAACCCGACCACGGAAGAGGAGGAGGAUGUCGUUCCUGAACCGGCUGCUGUUGUUGUUCAGGAUGACUAUGAACCGUUUGGCGUGAUCAAGCACCUCGGGCUAGACCAGGAGGAGGUCAUCGAGACCGUCUGCCGACAGCUCUCGGUCUUCCCCGGGGACGUGGAGGACAUCUACCCGGCGACCGACUACCAGGCCUGGGCCAUCAGCCACGGCCUGAUGAGGAGCAGGGGCAACACCAACUACUUCCUGUUCCGGCUGCACGGCCAGCUCGACACCUUCCGCCUGGAGCAGGCCUGCAGGAAGAUGGUGGCGACGAACCCGAUCCUGCGGACCCUCUUCACCACCCUGCGGGGCCAGGUGAUGCAGGUCGUGGUGCGGUCGUACCAGAUCGAGUUCCUGCGCUACGGCAGCGAGCACUCGGCCGACGACAACUUCAUCAACUACCUGGUCGAGCAGGAUGCCCAGCGGUCCGCCUACCUGUCGCAGUCCAUCGUCCGCUUCAAGCUGGUCCUGCACGCCGACGGGCACUACGUCCUGAUCAUGCGCAUGUCGCACGCCCAGUACGACGGCAUGGCCAUGCCGCUGCUCAUCCAGGACCUCGAGGAGUGCUACAACGGGCAGGAGCCCAAGCAGCGCCCGUCCUUUGGCAAGUUCAUCUGGGGCGCCGCCCUGCGCGAGGAGCAGGCCGUCAACUUCUGGGCCGACCUGCUCGAGGGCUCGACCAUGACCGAGAUCGUCGAGCACUCGGGCCCGUCCCACAAGCACAACGUCGACACCAUCCGCACCCGGACCAUCCCGCCCAUCCCCGUCAACGUGGCGGGCAUGUCCCAGGCCACCCUCGUCAAGGCCGCCUGGGCGCUCGUGCUCGCCAAGAUGUCCGGCCAGCGCGACAUUGUGUUUGGCAACCUCAUCUUUGGCCGCAACCUGCCCGUGUCCGGCGUCGAGGACAUCUCGGGCCCCUGCAUCAACAUCAUCCCGGUGCGCGUCCGGGUCAACGCCAUGGACAGCAUCCACGACCUGCUCGCCCUGGUGCAGGAGCAGCAGAUGGCGGCCAUGCCCCACGAGAACCUCGGCUUCCGCCGCCUGAUCAAGAAUUGCACCGACUGGCCGCACUGGACCCGGUUCAGCUCCGUCGUCCAGCACCAGCAGCUGGGGCGCGACGGGUCCGAGGGCCAGGAGUUCAGGCUGACCGACAACCUCAUGUGCGAGAUGGGCGUCCUGGGGCCGGCCUACGACUCGGCCGACCUCUGGGUCCAGACGACGCCGCACACCGACUCGUUCAAGGUCGAGAUCGGCUCGUGCAGCUCCAUCGUCCAGCCGGCCGUGGCCGAGAUGCUCCUCGACAAGCUCUGCGCCACGCUCAGCAUCUUCGCCGCCGCCGAGGUCGGCAACAGCCCGCACCUGUGGGAGCUGCUGGCCCGCGACGGACCCCCCAUCAUCCCCAUCAAGUCCUCGGUGGUGGAGCAGGUGUGGAACAAGGUCCUGCCCGACGCCGACGCCAUCCCCUGGAACACGCCCUACUUCGACAUCUGGGGCGACGAGAUCGCGCCCGCCCGCUUCCUCGAGGAGUACGCCGAGUACGGCCUCUACUUCGACAUGGAGGAUAUCCUGGAGAACCCGACCAAGCAGGCCCAGAUGCUGCUCGCCUCCCGCGCCCAGUCCGACAAGCAACGGGGCCGCACCAGCCCGCGGGCCGAGCCCGCCCCGGUCCCGACGCGCCGGCGGGCGGCGACCGCCGCCCAGGACGCGACGGCCCACAGCGCGACCGCCACCACCAACUCGCGCGGCUUCUGGAUCCUCGACCCGUCCUCCAACAAGAAGAGCUCCAAGAAGUCCAGCCGCGCCGGCGCCGGCAGCAGCCGCGGCGGCUCCACCAUCGGCUCGCCCCUCCUGGUGGCCUCGCCCCGGAUGGGCCUGGCCGUCGGCGCCCUGCCCCCGCGCCGCAAGAACACGAUGCCGACCCCCGUGCCGGCACCCGGGCCCGGGUCCCUGCCACGCCGGGCCACCGCAGGAUCCUACGACUACUACCCCGGCUCCGGCGCGUCCUCGACGAGAACAACUCCUCCUCCCGGGUCGGGAUACUACUACGGCGUCGGCAGCUCCACACCCUCCUCCUCCUCCUCCUUGUCAUCCGCCGUCGGUGGCGGCCAUCAUCAUCAUCACCACCACCAGCAACAGCCCUUGUGGGCGGACAAGAACAGGUCGUACGCGGCCCUCAGCCCGCCGCUGACGCCCGGCGAGUCGGCCUCGCAGAUGCCGUCGUCGUCGUCCUCUUCGUCGUUCGCCAGCCCCCGGCAGAACGCGCUCCGGCCGCUCAAGCUGCCCGAGUAUGCGCAGGCGUCGGCCUCGGCCUCGGCCUCGUCGAGCUCCGGCAGCAGCAGCAGCAGCAGUAGCCCAGCCGCGGGGGAAGCCGAGAGGCCCAAGUUGAGGAGGAAGAAGGUGGCUUCGUUCCCGGUCGGGCUCGGAGUUGGGCAGGCUCACGGAACGAGGGUUCUCAAUGGGAGAUGGUAA